CCAGAAAGCAACCUGCGGUGUUCCUCUUCAUAUUCAAGCUUAUUGUAAAAGCACAGAUAGAUAUAAAAGAGAAGUAGCUGAUUUUAUUCCCACAUUCAGAUUUCACUGAAAAUAUGGCAAAACAACUUGUCAUAGGCGACCCUGAGUUCCUAAAUCGAAGAAUACCAAUGAAUCGCAGGUAUCUGCAUAUCAAGUCGGUGCUGGAUACAGGAUACAGCAUGUCAAAAUACCUUGAGAAACUGGAUGAAAUGCACAAAAAUUACAGAUUCAGAAAAGGAGAAAUCUUCAAGAGGCUAAUGGUAACAAAGCUGGCAGAGCUGAUUCUCAGUGUUGGCGCAUCAAUGAAUAAAGACAGCAAAUCUACAGCAUCAGCAGAUAAUAUUGACCUGGUGCCAGUUAUGGACUUGGAGAAGCAGCCUAAAGCAACAUCCUGCAGGUCAACAUUAUUGAGUGUUGUUACAGGUGUGGGCCAGAUGAGCGUCCAACCAAACGACCCAGCAGCAGUGAACAACAUCUCAGUUGAUUUGAAUGUUCCCUAUCCAGACUGUCCAUACCUGCUGCUGGAUGUCAGGGACAGAGAACAGUAUGAACGCUGCCACAUCAUCAGUGCAUUCAGUUUCCCAAGGACCAUGAUCUCUCGAACCAUGGUCCCUUACCCCAGAAUCAUGCUGGAUUAUAAAAAUGCCCCUGGGAAAGUCAUCAUCUUGUACGAUGAAGACGAGAGGUUGGCUGUUGAUGUUGCAACUUACUUGUGCGAAAUAGGCUACAAAAAUCUUUUUAUGCUGUCUGGAGGACUGAAGGUCAUCUCGAUCAAAUUCCCAGAGGGGAUGGUGACUGGGUCGUUCCCUAUCUCGUGCUACCCCAAGAAAAAGACGUAUAACAUGCCAAAGCCAGUUAAAGCAGAGUGCAAUCGCUGGAGGUUCACAGCAGACGAACUGAACAAAAUCAAGAACUUCCUUGAGAUCCAGUACAAGUCAACCACUCGAAGUGAAGCUCCGGUGGACCUUGAGACAACCCGACUUUUCACCUAGUUGGCUGCUCGCUCCAUGUCACUACUCUCUGCUUCCCUGUGGGUUUACUCCGGGUACUCCGGUUUCUUCCCAUAGAAAAUUAUCGUGCAGGUAAGGGAAGCUAGUUCCGCGGUCAGAAGUGACUGCAAGUGAACAACUCUCGGUCUUUGGCCUCUGGUGGACUGUUACAUGGUCAGGCGUGACCGCCAGGUCAAGUUUGCCAGAGCAGUUUACCAGUCAGACUUCAACUUGCGUGUAAUUAUCAAGCUUUGUGCGUUAAGGAGAAAACCUCAUGAAGAUAAAUGGUGCUGCCAUAAAUUAAUAAUAAAAUGCUCAAAUAAAAUUGUUGUGCAUUUAUAAAGUAACGCAGGGGUCUCAAACUGAUCCCCAAAAGUGGCGCAGUGGGUGCAGGUUUUUGUUCCGACAAAAGAAGCACUGACAGUUUAACCAUUCACAUGUCAGCUGAAACAAGCAG